GUGCAUCCGGCCACGGCACCUGGACAAACUCUUAGGAGAUGUGGCGGCUCGUGGACAGUGUCGCCCCCCCGCCGGCAGGAACCCCCUCCGCCUGCACAGUCCCCAUCUCACGGAGCAUGAACAUACGCGGAGUCAUUUGAGAGCCAUGCGUUUUUCUCUCCCCCUCCCACAGUUGGCGGGCGGGCGUUCUCCUGCAGCCAGGCGUCGCACUUGGGGAAGCAUCGCCCCACUCGGCACCAGUGCUGGCUGCUGAUGCGGCACGGAUGCUAGCUCACUGACGGACGAACGCGCGCGUUUGAGUCAGUUGUGUCCGCGGGCUCGGAGCGACGCCGACGCGCAGCGUGAAGGGGCCUUUCGGUUCAGCGCCAUGAAGUGUCGUCACUCACCUCGCGGGGGGCCGACGCGCGUUCCUCCCUAAGUCACAACUCCCACACACAAACUCCGACCUGACGACAUUUACUUCACCGUCGACAGGUGACGCCUCUUCUUCUACGCUUUUUUUCUUCUCCUUUCUUCUUCUCUAAAUUAAAGUCUCCAUUCACUCCGCCGGCGGGCUCCCUCCGCCCCGCGCCGCGCCUCGCAGGAGCCCCACGUGCAGACGUGUCCGGCGGGAGGACGGACGAUGCGGAGCGGCUCCUCGGACGGAGGAGCGACGCGUGGCUGCCGCGCCGACCCGGCCGAGUGCCCCUGGGGCCGGAGCAGGGCGCGUUAAGCCCAGGGCCGACCCCCGCGCAAGCCUCGGGUCCGGCACCGCACCAGUCAUGACGAGGCACUAAUGCGGCCUGUCACCUCCUCAGCCGGCGCACGUCCAGGUGAAGUGGACCAGGCGGAAGUGAGGCUCCCGAGUGCCACACGCGUGUUAAAGCCAGGGGGUCGUCGCAUUCCUGUGCACACAGAUCUACAUACAGGGGACCCUCCUCGUGGAUUACAUUACUUCAUUGCUCCCCAGACCCCCCCCCUGGAUGCAUCCUCCUCUGAUGGCCCCCAGACUCCACUCUGAGAGCCACUGGGCACAGUUCUCAUCCUGAAGGGCCCCUCCGGGUUGCCUUUCUGUCGCUCCACUGAUAAGAGAGAACUUUUCGACCAUGCACUGAAGACUUAACCGGAAGCCUUAGCAGGAGUCAGAUUUACACCGAGUCAGCCAUGCCUGUCAGGAAAAAAGACACUGCUCGCGCCUUGGGCCUUUUGGACGAGUACUGCACUAAACUGAGGAAGCCGGAGGAGCAGCAGCUCAAAACUGCCAUUCAGAGAGUGAUGGGGAUUUUCAAAAGCAACCUGUUUGAAGCUCUUCUCGAUAUCCAGGAGUUCUAUGAAGUGACACUGCUAAACACACAGAAAAGUAGCGAGCAAAAGCUCGAGGAGGUCAACCACAUGGCGGAAAAGUGGGAGAAGAGUGUUUCCAUACAAAACUCUGAGCUCGCACACUCAGCAUGUCCAGUGGAUGAGCAGAGGGAGCAGAGCAUCUCAAAUCCCAGCAGGACGGAGCAGGGAGAGACCGGUGCAAAGACCUCUGAGAACAGGCCACCAGCAGUACAGGGGUCACCCCACAGAGACCAGCCCCCACCCUGCAUGAACCCUGCCUUGAUGAACGCUCCCUGGCAGUACCACUACCAGGAGGACGACUCGCCGCCUCUCGACCAGGGUUUCCCACGACUCACCAACGAGGUGCGCUCCCCUGAGCUUGUGCACGUGUCCGAGAAGAACCUGUCUGAGAUCGAGAAUGUGCACGGCUACGUGUCCCACUCCCACAUCUCUCCUCUCAAGCCUGCACUGGUUACCCGUUUUGAUCUUGCAUACCCGUGUGUGACCACGGCGAACUACAUGGCCAGCCCUGCCCCAAUAAUCGUCAACACAGACACGUUGGAGUCAGCUCCAUAUGUCAACGGCACAGAAAUUGAAUAUGAGUUUGAGGAAAUCACUCUUGAGCGGGGUAACUCAGGCUUGGGGUUCAGCAUUGCCGGAGGGACCGAUAACCCUCACAUCGGCGAUGACCCCGGCAUCUUCAUUACCAAGAUCAUCCCUGGAGGUGCUGCAGCAGAGGACGGUCGUCUGAGGGUGAACGACUGUAUCCUGCGGGUGAAUGACGCCGACGUGUCGGAGGUUUCUCACAGUAAAGCGGUGGAGGCCUUAAAAGUCGCAGGCUCUAUUGUGCGACUAUAUGUGCGGCGCCGCAGGCCGAUGCUUGAGACCAUCAUUGAGAUCAAACUCAUCAAAGGACCAAAAGGGCUUGGCUUCAGUAUUGCCGGUGGAGUUGGAAACCAGCACAUCCCUAGUGACAACAGCAUAUUUGUCACCAAAAUCAUCGAUGGCGGGGCCGCACAGAAGGACGGCCGGCUACAGGUUGGAGACAGAUUGUUAAUGGUGAACAACUACAGUCUGGAGGAAGUGUCUCACGAAGAGGCCGUGGCCAUUCUGAAGAACACGUCGGAUGUGGUCUAUCUAAAGGUGGGGAAGCCCACCAAUGUCUACCUAUCAGAUCCCUAUGGGCCUCCUGAUAUCACACACUCAUUUUCGCCAGCAAUGGAAAAUCAUAUCUCUUCCCCCAUCAACAGUGGAACUCUGGAGUACAAGUCCGGUCUCCCCCCCAUCUCCCCAGGGAGUUAUUCCCCCCUCCCUAAGCACUUACUCGGGGAAGAGGAUAUAAACAGGUUGGAUGGUUUUUCCUUCUUACGAAAUCCUUCGCUAGAUGAUGGGGAGGGUCACAGGUUUGAUUCCCAGCACUUCCAGUUGAGGCCUCCCGAGCCAGUUUACAGCACUGUGAACAAACUAUGUGACAAAGCACCCUCCCCCCGACACUAUUCCCCCGUGGAGUGUGACAAAAGCCUCCUCCACUCCGUCCCCCUCCCAAACUAUCACUUAGGCCUGUUCCCUGACUCGGACACCACCAGGGAACCCAGGAAGGUCGUGCUCCACAAAGGCUCCACGGGCCUCGGCUUCAAUAUUGUGGGCGGUGAGGAUGGCGAGGGAAUCUUUGUCUCGUUCAUCCUGGCGGGAGGGCCGGCCGACCUGAGCGGCGAGCUGCGGCGAGGCGACCAGAUCUUAUCGGUAAAUGGCAUUGACCUGCGAGGAGCCACGCAUGAACAAGCGGCAGCGGCGCUGAAGGGAGCGGGACAGGUGGUCACCAUCUUUGCCCAGUACAGACCAGAGGAACUUGCUCUAUGCUCACCACGGCGGGCCCACUCUCCUGCACCAGAGUACGGGCGCUUUGAGGCCAAAAUCCAUGACCUGCGGGAACAGAUGAUGAACCACAGCAUGAGCUCCGGCUCGGGAUCCCUGCGAACCAAUCAGAAGAGAUCGCUCUAUGUGAGAGCACUGUUUGACUACGAGAAGUCAAAGGACAGUGGCCUUCCCAGCCAGGGGCUCAGCUUCAGGUACGGGGACAUCCUCCACGUCAUCAACGCCUCCGAUGACGAGUGGUGGCAGGCGCGCCGCGUCACCCCGCACGGGGACAGCGAGGAAAUGGGUGUCAUCCCCAGCAAGAGAAGGGUGGAGAGGAAGGAGCGGGCGCGUCUAAAGACUGUGAAAUUCAAUGCCAAGCCGGGGUCAUUUGAUUCUAAAGGGUCAUUCAAUGACAAACGUAAAAAGAAUUUCAUCUUUACGCGAAAGUUCCCGUUCUACAAGAACAAAGAGGGUGAGCAGGAUGGCAGUGAUUCGGACCGGAGUCAAGACGAAGUGAUUCUCUCAUAUGAGCCAGUGUUGCGGCAAGAAAUUAGUUAUGCCAGACCUGUCAUCAUCCUCGGACCGAUGAAGGACAGAAUCAACGAUGAUCUGAUAUCGGAGUUCCCAGACAAGUUUGGCUCUUGUGUGCCGCACACAACUCGGCCGAAGAGGGACUACGAGGUGGACGCUCGGGACUACCACUUUGUGAUGUCCAGAGAGCAGAUGGAGCAGGACAUCCAAGAGCACAAGUUUAUCGAGGCGGGACAGUACAACGAUAAUCUUUAUGGAACGAGUGUCCAGUCCGUGAAAUAUGUGGCUGAAAGGGGUAAACACUGCAUUCUGGAUGUGUCUGGAAACGCCAUCAAACGGCUACAAGUAGCACAGCUCUAUCCCAUCGCCAUCUUCAUCAAACCCAGAUCUAUUGAUUCACUAAUGGACAUGAAUAAGAGGCUGACAGAGGAACAAGCCAGGAAGACGUUCGACAGGGCGAUGAAACUGGAGCAGGAGUUUGGUGAAUUCUUCACAGCCCUGGUUCAAGGAGACACCUUAGAGGACAUUUAUAACCACUGCAAACAGGUCAUAGAGGAACAUUCAGGACCCUAUAUCUGGAUCCCCUCAAAGGAGAAACUAUAAUUGCUCUUCACCCUGGAAGGGAGUCUGGACUGCUAGGAAAUAGUAACACGUUGUAACAUAUGAUAACUGUAUGGCGAUGAAUAGACCUGAAGAAUAAUUAUUCUGAAUAUGUUUUUUUUAAUUUAUUCUUUUUGUUUGGUUAUUGCUUCGUUUUUUUUCACUCAACAUGAAUGUUCCUGAAUGUAAAGUGUGAGGAAAUGUUAGGUCUUCAAACACAAACAGUUUGUGUAUUCGCUGAUUUUUAUUCGAAGGAAAAAAGGAAAGCAAUGUAACGGAAAAUAAAUAAAUAUGGUUUUGUGUCCAUGUCGGCACUGUGUCAAAUUCCAAGCAUGACACUGCAGGUGGUUUAUACUUUGCUAAUAUUUCAACUGCAACACCCUCGCCCUCCCUUCACAAUGCAAAUAAUCAUAUGAAGUUCAGUGUUUUGUCUGAUUUCUUUUGUGCAUCCCCUGAACACAGCUUUGUCUUCAUUUACACUGCCAUUCCUUCCUUGAAUCACUGUAUGUAUUUCUCUGACGUGACACUGAGGGUGUGAGGAAAAAGUUUUUAUUCACUGUAAAAUGUUCAUGUUCUUUUUUUUUUCUAAUUCAAAGGCAGAUACGACUUAUUCAGCUGUUGCAUUGACAAUGAUAAUUAAAGGGAGAUAUAACGCUAUAUUUUGCUACUCAAAUGGCUAGAAGGCACAAAAGCACAUAAUUAUUUAUUAUUGAAAAUAUAACUUGAUUAAAAGGUCAUUUUCAGAGCGUAUUUUAUUGGAGUGAUGUAGUACGUUGUGACUGUGUUAGGAUGGAUGGGAAUUUAAAUGCUGAAAGAUGUUUUGACCCUUCCAGUAUGUUGCGGUCUUGGAUAGGAGAGAGUAGUGACUGAAUGUAAUACCAACACAUUUUCUGUCUCAUGAAACCAACAGCAGGAGAGUAAAAACACUUGGAAUAGAAAUGAAGGACAAAUUGCACAAAAUGCAGAAAGAGAACACACAAAUAUUUUUGUAGCAACAGCGUUGAAACACUAAGGAACUGAAAGGCUCAAAAAAAAAGGUGAGUUUUUAAAAAAAAAAAUUACGUGACCUUGAAGAAGAACUGAUUCCGAUGUUUCCGGGCUGGUCCAAAGUCCCAACGAGAAAUAUCUGAUCUGACGACCUGAGGCUGCUCCUUUUUUUCAUAUAUGGAGAAACCCCCCCCCCCCCAGAAAAGGUCCGGUUGGUCGACCUGCUGUUGAGGGGCAGAGCGACAGAAGUAGGGAGAGCUGCGGCUUUAUAUAAGUUUCAUGUAUAGUAAACCAGAACCAUGUCCCACAUCACUUAUAUUUGAACUAGGAAGAGAUCUCGUAAAUGGCCAGUGUGAACCGGAGGCCAGAAAAAGCGGUUUCAGUCUUCGUAUGUGAACCCGGCCAAUGUUCUAAGAUUGAAUUAUUUGGUGGGAAAAUGGAACAAUUUAAUGAUAUUGAUCAUACGAUGAGUGUAAGUCAUUGGUGACCUCAGCCCUAAAACACUCAAAAUGACCCGCAGGUGGAUGUCAGUGCACCUCACAUGUUAUUAUUAUUACUGCUAUUGCUGUUCUUGUUUGCUUUAGAAGUGGAUGAGCCCUGAGCAGAUGGUUAACAGACCCAGCACGAUACAAUGCUAUAUAUAUGUGUGUGUGCGUGUGUGUGGAGACUUGCCUUGUUCGAAAGGGCAAACAAUAUAGUACCUCGCUUUGUUGAAAAUUAAACUCCAUCAUGUACUUAACGCACUCGGAAUGACUAAUGCAUCUAACCAUUGUGAUGAUCCCCCUGUUCUGCCACUGGCUGUUAGAUUCCCUCGACAAUGAUCUGUGAGUGAUAUAUUAUUAUCGUAUUGUUGCUAUUUGAUUUAGACGGCAUGUUUCACCCAACUUGUUAUGUAGUAAAUAGAGUAGGUACCCUUAAUUGGAGGUACGUUUCUAAUCAACGGGACAUUUCUAAAGUGCACUUAUUCAUUGUUUUGUUUUUUUGGUAACAGAAAUGGUCACUGUAUGACAACAGAAAUGAAUACAACUUUUGAAACCAAUAUAACUCACAGGCAUUGAUUUUUGUAUGAGACGGCACAUUGAAACCCGAGAAGACCGAGCCCUGAUCUGCUCUUGUGGACCACGGAGUUUACUUGUUGUCGAUGGAUGAGACGCACUUAAAACCCACUUACAGCGUGUGCUUUCCCUUCUCCCUCAUCAUAAACUGCUCGAGAUCUGUCACGGGUGGAGCAAAUGUUUUCAGCUGUGAUAUGUGCAGAUCAAUGCUAAUGUCUCCUUGCAUUUUUCGCUUCAUGUUUCCAGAUGUCUGCCGUCAUUCUUUCGCCAUCUUCCCAUAACGUAUUGGUCACCACUUGCCUUAACAGACUAUAGGUUUACUGUCUAUCAAAGAUAAAAGGCUUAUAAAUGUACUUUUUUUCCUUUGAGGGUAGAAAAUUGUAUUUAAUCCUCCUUCACAUCUACACGUGAGCGAGAGAAAGCCGAAUCAAAUCUUAGCUGUAUGUCGUUGAGCUGAGGGUGUUGACACCUUGUACAGUUAAAGGCUGACGAGAUAUUUCAUAUUUUGUAAUUUUGAUCGUAAACAUUCGCAUUUGUGUGGCAGCAAGAAAAAACAUUGUAAAAUGGAGAAUGAUGAAACAUCUCCCCCGUUCUUUUCACAAAUCUUAUUGUCCAGCAAUUUGAUGACGUUCAAAAGAAAAUAUAUAUAUAUAUAUAUCUUCAUACACGGGCUUGAUGCUAAACCUAAUACAGUACUUCCAAAGUCAUUGUGAAAAUUGUAACACAUGAUAUGUCACAGGCCAGUGGGAUUUUUUUUGAUUUGGAUAUAUAACGGAUGUCUGACCUAUGCAUGUUGCAGAAGUCUUCUAUUCUCUACACAACCGAAGCAUCGAGGUACCUGCUGUGUUUUAAAUCAUGACGACUGCAGAUUUGAAACAUUCAAUCAGACUCAUGUCAAUUUUAAACCCAAAUAAAAGCACUGUUGUAACA